CUAGCUGGUGGUGACUGCCGACUGGUGAAGAUUUCAGUGGGAAAAUCAUAUUGCAGAGAGCAUGAUCAAUGUACCUUGGUACUUGGCGUCCAUCCAUCCAUCCUUGUGCAUGAGCCACGUAUCAGCUUAGGACCGAGUUUACACAACACUCACCAAAUUCAAUUCAGUGACUCCAACGAAUAUAAUUCUUUCCUUUAAUUUUGCCAGUAUAUUUCAGACAAAUUUAUUGCCCACAACUAACUCGUGAAAUCACAAGCGUAAGCUCAUAUUAUUAGAGUAGAACGGAACCCCGUUGUAUCUCCGGAGCCGUAUACCCUGGCCUAUCCUUAAAGAUAUUUGUCCUCAUGUCCAUCCUGAGCGCCAUGAUGUUCUGCCAUUAUCAUUAUCAUUAUCAUCAUCAUAUAUAUGUCUUAACCCAUCAACUUCUUAUUCUCCUUUCACAUCCAUUUUUGAUUUUCCAAAGAACCCUCUCAGCUUAACAAAACCCUGAUCCCCAAAGUUCCAACCUUUUAUUCCAAACAGAGCCAUGGAAAUGAACCCCACCAACGCCACUACGUCCCCCACCCAAAACCCAGAUACAGAUACUGAAACCCCACCACAGGCAAAACCCCUCAAGUCCUUAUCUUUCACCAACGGCUCACUCAAGCCCCACCAGCGCCACCCCACACCCCUACCUCCGCCGCCAAGGCCACCGCUCGCGGCUGUUUUCUACAAAGAAUGCCUCAAGAACCACGCAGCGAGCAUGGGGGGGCUUGCCCUCGACGGCUGCGGUGAGUUCCUGCCCUCCCCCACGGCAACCCACUCAGACCCCACCUCACUCAAAUGUGCGGCUUGUGGCUGCCACCGGAACUUCCACCGCCGCGACGCAGACGAUCUCAUUCCCAAAGUCCUCAACGGACAACACCUGUCCUCCUCGAGCCAAAGCCCAAGCCCAGUGUGCUCACCACCACCAGUCUCACACCUUCCACCAUCCCAGUACUACUUCUCUUCCGUCCCACAAACGCUGUUGUCUCUCAGCACCGCCUCUCCUGAUCCAACUGUGAAGAGGAGUACGGAGAACCCACUUGGGAGAAAGAGAUUCAGAACCAAAUUUUCUGAGGAACAGAAGCAGAAGAUGUUUCUGUUUUGUGAGAAACUGGGUUGGAAGAUGCCGAAGAGCAAUGAGAUGGUGGUGGAGGAGUUCUGUAAUGAGGUUGGGGUAGAUAGAAGGGUCCUCAAGGUUUGGAUGCACAACAACAAGAACCCUCUGAGGAAGAGAGAGAUGGGUUUCGGUCACAAUGGCAGCGUCACUGAUGGUAAUGGGAAUGGCGACAGAGUCAGCUUUGAGACCAGUGCUUUUUGCUGCAAGAAAGAGAGCGAGUACAAUGGAGGUGGCAGUGUUAAUCUUCAUGUUUCUGCUAAUGGGUCUUCUUCUUCAUCUUGAUCUGGGGAGGGAAAAAGUGGAAUAGAACGAAACAAAAAACGUGCACCCUUGUCUUUGUUGAGGGAUAAUGGCACCGAUGCGGUUUGGUAAGUGUAAUUGAUAUAGGCGCUCCUUAUGGUUUUUUUUUUUUUUUUUUUUUUUGGCACCUGGCACCUUUCUGUUCGUUAGUUUAGGGGUUGUUUGUUUAGGCUUUGUGGUGUUCCAAUUAACAAAACAAAAAUAUAUAUAUAAAAGGUUCUGAUAUGAGUACUUUUUGUAUGUUAUCUUGGUUUAUCUGAGCUUUUAAGGCAAGAAGGCUUUGCUUAAUCAACGAAAGGUGGUGGAAACAGACAGGCAGUACUCUGAAGCCCUGCCACCUUUCCUUAUUUGGUUAGUAGAUCAAAGCGGCAAGUUUUGUUCCUCUUUUGCUAUAAGCUGCUAAUGAUAACUUGGUUAAGAUAAGAAAGCCAACUGGUUUUGGUUGAGUUAUUCUUUAAUAAUUGAUUAAUUAAUAUCUGAUCCACGUCUACGACUACUAAUCCCUCAUUUUCAGCUAAGAUACAGGUUCCAAUCCAACAGGUUCGGUUCCAUUUAUAACCGGACCAAGCCAAACCCUUCAUUGUCAUGCCACGUGGUGCACUUUUUUAAUUUCCUGUCUUCCUUCCUUUUAAUCUGUGGCAGCCUUUUGGAAGGUGGUGGACCAAAUGUAAAAUUAAUUUUUUAUAGUUGUGUUGUAGUCGUGGACCUGUUGUUUAACAGUGAUUUGUUUGCAUGGCCUAGGCCCAGUCCAGGCAAAAGUACUCUUCCCAUUAAUUUCCGAGGUUUUCCUUGUCCUUUUAACUUUGAUUUUUCAGUUGUUAAGCUUUUUGUUUUUGUUUGUAAUUCCGUUUUGAAUGUAUUUAUUAAUAAUAAUAAUAAUAAUACGGCAAUUUUUA